AUGGCGGACAAAGGUCCGAUUCUGACUUCAGCGAUUAUUUUCUACCUGUCAAUUGGAGCAGCAGUUUUUCAAAGUUUUGAAGAACCGAAUUGGAAGUUAGCAGUGGCGAAAUAUGACUCAAAGAAAAACGAUUUUCUAGCGAAAUACCCUUGUUUAAAACAAGAAGAUUUGGACCAAAUUGUGGAGGCUGUGGCAGAAGCUGCCGGUCAGGGUGUUACAAUAAACGGCGAGAAACCUUUCAAGAACUGGAGCUGGCAAAACGCGCUGGUUUUCGCUCUCACUAUCAUCACCACAAUAGGAUAUGGGAACGUGGCACCAAAGACGGUCGGAGGCCGGAUUUUCUGCAUCCUUUAUGGGCUUUGCGGCAUCCCACUCUGUCUCACCUGGAUGAGCGAACUGGGCUCUUUCUUCGGCGACAGAGCCAAACGCCUGAGUCAGGUCUUGCUACGCAAAGGACUGUCGGUGAGGAAAGUUCAGUUCACCUGCACGGCCCUGUUCCUGCUUUGGGGCUUGCUUGUGCACCUGGUCAUCCCACCUUUUGUCUUCAUGAUAAUAGAGGAGUGGACAUACCUGGAGGGCCUUUAUUUCUCGUUCAUCACAUUGACCACUGUUGGCUUUGGGGAUUAUGUUGCAGGUGCAAACCCGGUCACUGACUACCCAGUCCUGUACUGCUUCUUUGUCCAGAUGUGGAUUUGCAUGGGCUUGGCCUGGCUAUCUCUGUUCUUCACUUGGAAUGUACACAUGGUGGUGGAAGCCCAUAAGGUGCUGAAGAAACGCAGGCAAAGACGCCACAAUCUCAAAGAGAUCACCCUCUACCAACUGGCGCAGGCCAAGAAGGACGUCCGUCUGACACGAACGCAAAGCGCCAUUGACAUUUUCAACUUCAUGUCAGAGAAGACCGAGGACUACGCUGAUGUCAUCAGGAACAUUGGUAAGAAGAAAGAGGAAGAAACGCAACCUCGCUCCAAGAGCUGCAGUGACCUUCUGGACGGAUUGGUGAUACCGCUCGACCACUCGCCGCGUAUGAGACGACAUUUCAGCUACAGCGAAAAUAUAUCUAAGGUCAUUGCUAAGACCAGAGAAUCCAUAGGAAGUUCUGCUAAGGAUCCAGAGGAACAGAGGCUGCUUGAGGAAGCAGUGAGAAAUGCUGAAGACUUUGAACUAGCCGAACCAAGCCUCCCAGGCCAGUCCACAAUGAAGAGAUCUUCUAGCUAUUCCGGGAACCCAAGAGAACUUUACUCCCCAGUCUUUGAGAGCCCCAAUGUCACUGCCAAGAGUAAAGAGGACAGUGAGAAUCAGACAGGGACAAGGUUUUCUGUCUACAAAGUCCCUGAGGGGGAUUUGUUAAGGAAAGACACAGGAUGA